UUUACCAUUCAAAACUCGCCCGCCUCUGUCUGAGUCUCCCCGUGUGAUGCACCGGAGUUUCGAGUCCCAUGGCGGCUUCAAUCGUACGGUCCCCGACAAACCCUCUAUCGCGCCACGUCACAUCCAAACCCUCGCCGUCCGAACACAGAUCGAAAGCGAGCGUCACAAUUCACGUUCCUUACCCGAAACGCCGUCGUUAUUUCCCCGUUCUGGCUUCUCUUCAAGGAGAUCACGACAACAACGACAACAACGACAGGAACGCCCAGGCCCUCCAAUUGCAGAGGAUCCUAGAUGACUCCCAAUACGAUGUCGUCUCCAAGGAUCCCAAUAUGCUUCCACGACCUUUAUCUUCAAGCCAGUUUUCUGAUACAAUAUCCCAUGGGUCCCGCCUUCGCGUUGCGUACCAGGGAGUUGGUGGAGCGUACAGUGAGUCUGCUGCGGAAAAGGCGUACCCGAAUUGCGAAGCGGUGCCUUGCGAGCAAUUCGACACUGCUUUUGAAGCCGUUGAAAGGUGGCUUGUGGACAGAGCAGUUUUACCGAUUGAGAAUUCUUUAGGUGGGAGCAUCCACAGAAAUUAUGACCUUUUACUCCGCCACAGUUUGCAUAUAGUAGGUGAAGUUAAAUUUGCAGUCCGGCAUUGCUUGAUGGCCAAUCAUGGUGUUAAAAUUGAAGAGCUGAAAAGGGUUCUUAGCCAUCCCCAGGCUCUUGCUCAGUGUGAGCACACAUUAACGAGGUUGGGAUUAGUCAGAGAAGCAGUUGACGACACUGCUGGAGCUGCAAAGCAUGUUGCAUUCCACAAACUAGAAGAUACAGGAGCAGUGGCUAGUUCUACCGCUGCAAUGAUCUAUGGGUUGAAUAUACUUGCUCAAGAUAUUCAGGAUGAUUGUGAUAAUGUUACUCGAUUCCUAAUUCUCGCCAGGGAACCCAUUAUUCCAGGCAUAGAUAGGCCAUUCAAGACAAGUAUAGUUUUCUCACUGGAGGAGGGUCCUGGAGUACUUUUCAAGGCACUUGCUGUGUUUGCUCUGCGGCAAAUCAACCUUACUAAGAUUGAAAGUCGCCCCUUGCGAAAGCAGCUCUUGGGAGCAUCAGAUGAUAAAAACAAUGGGGUUCCAAAAUACUUUGACUAUCUUUUCUAUGUGGACUUCGAAGCAUCAAUGGCUGACCAGAAUGCACAGAAUGCCCUAAGGCAUCUGAAAGAGUUUGCUACAUUCUUGCGAGUGCUAGGCAGUUAUCCUGUGGAUACGAGCAUGAUAUGAAUGAACUUAAUGUGUCAACUUUUUGGUAACUUCAAUUCUAAUUCUCCUUCCGCUCUUGCUAAGGCUGAUGCAGGCUUCUGGAGAGAUCAAUAAUGGUAUAUAAUGGAUGUUUCCCUUCACAACUUUUGUUUAUCUCUUUCCAAAUUUCUGGAAAAAUGAUUAUCUAGGUUAUCAAAAGAGCUCACGUGUUUUUUCGUCAAUAUAGUGGAUAUCAUUGAAUCUACAGAAUUUGGUUGUUACCUGCUUCAAUUCAAUUUUAUUGUUGCUUCUCUCAAAA